AGAGCUCCAGCGCAGCGAUGGUGGCAAAAGAUCAAGAAGCGAAGCAAAUCAAAGAAACAAAGCCGACGCGGAAGAGUAAAGAAGGCGACCCGAUUGAUUUCGUUCCGGCCCUUCGCUCUGGAGAGCCGGGCGGAGCGCGCCGUGGCUCCACCUGGGCCACGGAGUCUCUCGCGAAGGAAGAAUCCCGUAACCUGCUCUCCUCCGCCCUCCCAAGCUUCUCAUAGACGCCCUCGCCCUCCCCCGGACUUCCCCUUCUGGCAGCAGUCUUGGUUUUUGGUCCUCCUCGUCGUGAUGGCCCUCUCCCUCCUCGCCCUCUCCGCCUUCCUCCUCCUCGGCAUCGACCUCGAGGAGGGCUCCGUCUUCCCCGCCGCCGCCGCCCCAGAGGGCGUCGAGAUUACAUAUGGGAGUGUUAUUAAAUUGAUGCACGAGAGGACGAAGUUUCGGUUGCAUUCGCACGAGGUGCCCUACGGGUCGGGGAGCGGGCAGCAGUCAGUCACUGGCUCUCCCAAUGUUGAUGAUUCGAACAGCUAUUGGAUUGUAAGGCCUGUUCCAGAUUCAUCUGCCAAACAAGGUGAUGUCAUUCAAAGCAGAACUAUUAUUAGGUUACAACAUAUGAGGACUCGAAGAUGGCUACAUAGUCACUUGCAUGCUUCCCCAAUAUCUGGUAACCUGGAGGUGAGCUGUUUUGGAGGAGAGAACGAGUCGGAUACUGGUGAUUUUUGGUGGCUUGAAGUUGAGGGUAGUGGGAAAACAUGGAGGCAAGACCAGAGAGUAAGACUUCGACAUGUUGAUACUGGAGGUUACCUGCACAGCCAUGACAAGAAGUACACGCGGAUAGCUGGAGGGCAGCAGGAGGUCUGUGGUGUUCGAGAUAAGCGUCCUGAUAAUGUCUGGCUAGCAGCAGAGGGUGUAUACCUUCCAGUUAGCGGAAGCAAGUAGCGGAUUGAUUUUAUUAGAGUUGAAGUUGGAUUAAGAAAAAUGUUCAGUUCAUUGAGAGCCGAUGCUGAUUAAGGAAGCUUCGAAAUUUUUAAGUCUAAGAAAGUCUAGAUACAUGGACCACGUCUGUUUAAAGUCUACGUACCAUAGAGUUCUUUCUUUUUCGUAGCAGUCUCAGAAAUGGUAGUGGAAAUUCUCGCGAGGGGUCCAACUUCGUCAAUUUGUCAAAGUAGACAUCAGAUCUCAGCUUUUAUAGACAUGGUACACUUUACAGACAAGCUUUUCUUGUCUUGUUUCUAUUGUCUAGGUCGUUCCUGACAUGGUCAGCUCUUGGAUGAAAAAUUCUCGGUCAUCCAUGAACUUCCUGUCAUCAAAAUGUUUCUUCGACUUUUCACCGAAUGAUGUAAUUAGCCAUCGGUGUUGAGGUUAGCUGCUAGAGUUGUUCUCUGUUGUUUUUGUUUUUGUGCAAAUAAUUAUAUAAACUAGCAUUAAAUAUAUGCUAUGCAUUUGAAAAACUCAUUUAAGUUA